AUGGCCUCGAGAAGCCGCCGCCUCCUGCUGCUGCCGCUGCUGCUCGCCGUGUCCGCGGCCGCCCUCCAGGUGACGCCCAACUCGCCCUGUUCGUCGGCGUGCAUCGACUCGGCCGGGCUGGACGCCUCGGACCCCAACUCGUCCAACACGCGCGCGGGCGACAUUGUCUGCGCCGACGGGCAGUUCGACGCCGACGCCGACGCCGCGGGGCGCAAGCUGAGGACCUGCCUGGCGUGCCUGCAGGGCAGCACGUACACGCAGGGCGGCGAGGGCGACCAGGCCUGGUUUCUGUAUAAUCUCCGGUACGCCCUCGACCGCUGCGUCUUCGGGUAUCCCAACGCCACCACGGGCGCGACCUCGAGCCCCUGCGUGACGCCCGAGUCGUGCGGCGCGCUGGCCGCCGCGCUGAAGAGCGACAUCACGCGGCCGGGCGCCGUCUCGGCCUUUGCAUACUGCGACGUCGACGCCGGCGCCGCCACGGGCAUGUACUUUGAGAGCUGCCUGCAGUGCGUCCAGGCAGACGGGCAGCACGCCUACCUGUCCAACUUCCUGGUCGUCCUCGAAGCAGCCUGCCUCCAGCGACCGCCGGCCUCGCUGCUCGUGGGCGUCAACGAAACCGUCUUCUCGCGGCACACUAUUGCGGUGACGCAGAGCUGGCCGCCGGCGUCGUCGUCGCCGCCCGCCUCCCACGCAGCCCUGUCGACCCCGGCCAUCGUGGGCGUCGCCAUUGUGGGCGUCGCCGCGCUCGCCCUGCUCUCCGGCUGCGUCUACAUGCAGGUGCGCAAGCGGCAGAACAGACGCAACCGGGCGCGGCGCACACUCUCGUUCCGGUGCCGGACGGCGGCGGCGGCGGCGCCCCCCGCGCCCGCGCCCGCGUACCACGACGACGACUACGACGACGAGCGCUUCUUCGAGAAGAGGCGCCCCGGCUCGCGGGACGCGUCUGUCGUGAGCAUGAGCCCCGUCGCGCGGUCCAAGCCGUGCGCGUGGCCGCUCAACAUCACCACCACCAUCGCCGAUGUGCCGGCCCCCGAGCCGGCGUACGUGAGCCCCGUCUCCGCCGGGGGCGCUUCGUCGCCCGACGACGCCACGCCGCGGUCGAGCGCGCCGCUGCUCAGCCCCGCCAGGGCGUUUGCCAACCACUUGCACUUUGCGGGCGGCGCUGGGCACGCGGCCGCACGACCGCCCGGGUCUCCUACCACCUUUGACCCGCCGCCGACGAGGUAG